UGAUGUCUCAUUGCCCUUCUUCCGCCCUGACGAACGAUUAAAGCAAGGACAGUUUUAGCAUUUCUUCACAUAAGCCGUUGCUUUUCCGAGAUAAAGCGGACUUUUCAGACGUCAAGAUGCUUCUCACAAUUCGCAAGCAACUCAGAAGCCAUCCUGCUCUGAUCCCCCUUUUCUUCUUCAUUGGUGGAGGGGCAACCAUGUCCCUGCUGUACCUGGCCCGUCUGGGUCUGAGAAACCCUGAUGUUUCUUGGGAUCGCAAGAACAACCCAGAGCCUUGGAACAAACUGAGUCCAAACUACCAGUACAAGUUCUUUGCAGUAAACACGGAUUACAGCAAACUGAAGAAGGAUCGUCCAGACUUCUAAAGUUCACACCUGUUUGAAUAAAAGCACAACCAUCAGCGAAGCCGCACAGUUGGUCUUUUCUUGAAUUUCCUGCAUCCAGGGAUCUGCAAAAUGCAGAAGCCUUAUCCGCACAACUCAUGUUUCAGUUCAUUGCAUCCCUGGCUUCUUCAAACUGAUUUCUCUUUUUCAAUAAAGUAAAGGAGUAUUUUCUCCUUCAUACAGAGCA